GCACGUCUUCACCAGUGGUCCAGUGGAGCACAACACAGUAAGACAGAGAGACUGAGAGAAGGUGGAUGGGACUGGAAGAAGAAGAAGAAAAAAGGAAAGAAAACAAGUGGCAGCAGGCUAGGCUCUGAGAUUUACAUAGAUUUCUACAAACCCUAUUAUACUAUUUGACCAUUUUUUGUACUUUUUAUCAAAUAGCUUAAACCGGAUAAAAACAAGUAUGCCGAACUUCGCAGGGACCUGGAAGAUGAAAAGCAGUGAAAAUUUUGAAGACCUCCUCAAAGCCCUUGGGGUGAAUGCCAUGCUAAGGAAGGUGGCCUGUGCUGCGGCCUCCAAGCCUUCGGUGGAAAUCCGUCAGACCGGUGAGCAGUUCUACAUCAAAACCUCGACCACCGUCAGGACCACAGAAAUCAACUUUCAGAUAGGACAAGAGUUCAAUGAAGAAACUGUGGAUGGACGAAAAUGCAAGAGCUUGGCCACAUGGGAGACUGAAAAUAAGAUCAACUGUAAGCAGACACUCUUGGAUGGAAAUGGCCCGAAGACCUACUGGACCCGAGAGCUGAGAGGGGAUGAGUUAAUCCUGACGUUCGGAGCCGAUGACGUGGUGUGCACAAGGAUUUAUGUGCGGGAAUGAGCCCCAUGAGAACCAGAUGAAGAAAUCAGUCAGCGCUCACAAGAGUGACAUUUCAUUUCCAUGUUACAUUACAGGGCUUUUUGUACCAAUUUGUAGAAACCUGUGGAUUAGCUUUCUUACUCAUACUGGACCAUGAAUCGUAUAGACACGUGUAAUACUACUUAAGUGCUAUUCAUUCUAUAUCUUGUCAUAUAUUUCUUACAU